GUCGAGGCAGUGACAGACGGCUUCUGGGAGAUGUAGUUUAUGAGUGACAGAGAUGGACUAGUGCGCUGUCAGGCCGGGGUGAAUGCUAGCUGUGUGUACACAUUGGCUGACAGUGCUGUCAUGUCUGUAGAACACUCUGAACAGAUUCACUUUCACCACAGCCCGGAUAGCACUGUGUGUUUAUACAUGGCGGGUGUACCGGCCCUCUGCUGCUCCUCUAUAGCCCUGCUGCUACCGGAGAUUUGGCAGCUGAGGGGCCCCUGUGUGACUGUGGCCCUGCCAGUGACGUCUCCUCUCUCACACUGCGCAUGCUCACUGUCUGAACCUGAUCCCAACUGGGGAAAUGAAUGUUUCCCGAGUGUUUCAAACUGUUAUUGAGAUUUACCCUCCACACAGCAAGUGUAAAGCGGGGAGGGGGGCAAGGGGGAUCAGCAGCUACAUGAAAUCUUAUAAUAAAUCUCUUAGCAGAAAAACUAUGUACAAUGGUAAUAACUCUGACUAUGGAGGGGGGGAUCCAGAAUACACUCCUGAGUCCUGGCUGAAGGUCCAGCAAGCUCUGGCUGCCAGUACUAGUUUCCAUCUCUUGCCCCCGGGUACUUGGAGUCCAAUACUAGCAGCAGCUCACUCCACAUCACUUUCAUUUCUAUUUAGCAGCAUCGCCAACAACACUUCAUCUUGCCUGCUGCAUUUCUACUCUCCAGCUCCCACCUCUUUCCCCACCCCCUUUACACACACACACACACACACACACACACACCCCACAACCUCCUUCUACUGUCUUGUUCCCGAGUUGAGUAGAAAGACAGCCAUUCAAUCAGCUGCUGCCUGACUUCUUUUUUUUUUUUUUGUUUUUUACCCCCUAAGAGCCCCUGCACCUCACUGCACAAAACUCAUCACCCACCGACUGACAGCAAGCCUCAUGCUAGACACACAGAAGUCUCUUCUUAGCAUCAAUCUGCUUCCUGGACCUCAUCUCGUCUUUUGUUUUUGUCUCUCCUUGCACUUUAUGCACUCCAGCGAUCCACUUGUAAAAUACAGUUUUUUAGUGUAUUUUUAGUGAAAGGUGGGGAGAGUGUGCAUUUCUUUAUUUCUUUAACAGGAGGUGGGAGGGGUUGGUGCUGCUUUGGCAAGUGCUUGCAGAGGACAGAUCCUGGAUCAGGCAGGAGCCCGGUGGGUUUUUUUUUUGUGUGCUGGUUAAUAACAGCUGCACAAAAUGUUGAACCCAGCUAACGGAGACCAGACUCACAUGGUGAACUAUGUAGAGGACUACCUGGACUCCAUCGAAUCCCUGCCUUUCGAUUUGCAAAGAAAUGUGACCCUCAUGAGGGAGAUUGAUGCCAAAUACCAAGAUAUCCUGAAAGAACUUGAUGACUAUUAUGAAAAGUUCAAGCGUGAAUCAGAUGCAUUACAAAAGAAGCGACUACUGCAGUUCAUCCAAAGAGCCCUUAUUCAAAGCCAAGAGUUGGGUGAUGAUAAAAUCCAAAUAGUGAGUCAGAUGGUGGAGCUGGUCGAAAAUAGGACAAGGCAAGUAGACAGUCACGUAGAACUAUUUGAAACAUGUCAAGACUUAAAUGACAGCACUAGCAACAGCAGCAAAAAUAAUCAGGAAAAGUCCAAAAGUGAGGCAGUUUCUCAGACUGAAAAACCUAGCAAUAAGAGAUCACGGAGACAAAGGAACAACGAGAACCGGGAAAAUUCCACUAUCAAUCAUGACCACGAUGACCUCACUUCUGGUACACCCAAGGAAAAAAAGGCAAAGACUUCAAAAAAGAAAAAGAGAUCUAAAGCUAAAGCAGAAAGAGAGGCAUCCCCUGCAGACCUUCCCAUUGAUCCUAAUGAGCCAACCUAUUGUUUGUGCAACCAGGUUUCGUACGGAGAAAUGAUUGGCUGCGAUAAUGAAGAAUGUCCCAUUGAGUGGUUUCAUUUUUCAUGUGUUGGACUUAAUCAUAAGCCUAAAGGAAAAUGGUACUGUCCAGAAUGCAGAGGAGAGAAUGAGAAAACCAUGGGGAAGGCACUUGAGAAAUCUAAAAAGGAGAGGGCUUACAAUAGGUAGUUCACAUAGUAUGAUCACUGGCUUGAAAGGAACAACAAAGCAUUGUAUUUAUUGUCCAUAUCACCUUGUAAAGGUGAAAGGAUUGCAAAUUGUAUAUUUUUAAAUAUGGCUAGGCGCUAAACCGUUCCUGUUACAGUGACAGCAAUAACAUCUUUCUCUUACUUUUGAUAGAGGUUUUGUAAGGGGUUUGUUCAUAACUAAAACAGUUUUUGAUCCAGAUUGUUCUCAGUAUUAAAGGUGUAUUCUAGGCACAAACACAACUUAAAGGAUCAUUUUGGUUUAACAUCUUCUCUGGGGUCCGCUGAUCAACUCUCCCCUGCUCCACUACAUUCUGCUUAGAAGUUUAGAUUAGUUCUCUUGAGGUUAGCCCUGCCGUGCAGGGUAGAUCAUUGACUAAGAGUGUCAGCUGAUUACUCUCAGCCAAUGAGCUAAACUCUGGGCUUUGCUCAGAGAGCUUUUCGCUUUCUGUCCGCUGUUGUGAAGGCAGGAAGCUCCGCCUAGCAGACACCAGAUAAGGCUAUCUUUUGGUAAAUGAUUUGACCACUUGCAAUGGGAGUGGGGGGUGGCUUUGACAGGGCACGCCUGGCACCAUAAGCACUACAGUGCACAUUUGAUAGAUUUUGCCCUCAUAUUCAUGCUUGUAUUUUUCUACACAAUCAAAUAUCUUUGAAAAUAUUGCUAAAGGAAAACAUUUUUUGCAGUCUUCUGUAGCAUGACCCCCACCUUAGCCAAGCCUUCUCUUUUUGACACACCAUCUUCCUGAUUUGCAGCAGCUUAGUCUACGUAUGUAACUCAGCCAAUGAAAGAUUAGUAUAAUAUAACCGUGCCUAACAGCCAGUCAUUGUUUUCUUAUUAUCCACCCCCUCAACACUAUGAAUUUGGCUUCAAAAUACUAUACAGAUAAGAAAGCAGUGAUUGGCUAUGGGAUGGAACCAUAUUGGCAGCUCAGCUCACACUGAGUGAAGGGUUGGCUUAGGGGACAGAGUAUGCUACAAAACAUUUUUUUUUUUCUUUUCUUUUUCUAUAAUAGUUUUAGAAAUCUAAAAGCGGAGAACAAUACCAAGAUUAUGACCCAAAAACAUAUCAAGUGUGCUUAAUUUAUUUUGGUGCUGGAGUUUCUCUUUAAUACUUUAGUAAGGAUGCAGAUAAAUAGAUCAAUGCAGAUAAUAGGUGAAUUUACAAAAUGUCAGAAUCUAAACUCAGAAACAAUGAGCCCAUUAAAAUGUACUUUCGUAAAGCCAGGAAUUAUGAAAAUCUGACAAGGAAAUCACACAUGUUAGGCCAAAAUAACCAAAUUGAAAAAUUGGAACACUACAGUUUUUUUUAGCAUUUUUAAUUUGAUCUGCAAUAUGCAAUCUUUGUGUCAGUUAUCUAAAAUUCCUGAUUUUAUGAAUAAACUCCAUAUUGAUUUGUUAAGAAAGGGGUGUUGUAAGUUUCUUUCUCAAGCUCUUUUGAACUCAAUUCUUUAUCCCUCACCAAUUGGCAAACUGUCUUAAGAAAACACCCAAGUAAAAUUAUUUUUUUUUUCUUGAUGAGCAUUGAGUCAGAUGACCGGUCUGAUUUGUUGUGGAUUGAGCUCUGGGCUAGCACUAAAACAAGACUGAAAGUUAACAUGAAACAGCCAUGAUUUACAUUGUUAUGGUAAAUGGCUGUAUAAUAAACCGUCAACAGUAAAUUGGACGAUAAAAAUCUGAGGAUUAUUUUUUAGAAUAAAUGUAAUGUGUUACAUUGAAAUGGAAAAUAUUUUAUACUGUAUUCUGGCUUUGUAACCAAAAGAGGCCAUUUUAAAAUUGAUUCAAUUUUUGUAUGGAACCAGAUGGUGGUUUGGUACAUUUCACACAAAUCAAGCUUUAUACAGUCACAGAUAAUAAUGGAGCAAUCCUUAUUUGUAUAAAUGUACAUUUUAAGUGGAAUUGUACUUAGUGUAUUAUAAUUAGAAAUGCAACCAAAUGCCAUUGUAUAACCAAUGUGCAUUUACUUCUAUAUGUAUGAAGACUGUACAGCUGUGAUACUUAAAAUAAAAGACAGAUUUAUUGAAA